AACAAUGCAGCUACCCUUAGUUUACCGAAUGACAGGGGGUUGUAGUGAACUUUACCGGAGAAGACCUCUCUCUUCCUUGUAAGAUAUGAACUGUCAGAUUAGUUGUCCAGCCUAUUUUAAGGUCAGUGUAGUCUACGGCCAAUUAAGGGAAUACAAACCAAUUUAUUUACCCACAGGGGGGAAAAGCAUUUUCAACGCUAUUUGGAUCCUGCCAUUGCUACAGAGACGAUCUUUAUCUUACUCGGCAUGGUGGUUUGAAAUGAUUCUAGUCGUCUCUGUUUUGCAUCGUUAUUGAAGUUAGAUCGUAGAAUUUCGAUUUGCUGCUAAUGUUGACAACUCGAGACCUUAAAGCUCUUAUCUGGGGGUGCAUCAAUGCUGAACUUCCUCAUUCACGCUGGCUGGACCAUGCCCAAAAAUGGAGCCACACGUGUGCGCGCAACUUUAAUGUGUCUAUAACACCAUUUGUCUUCCCUAUUCUGAAAUGGAAUUGUGUGUGGAGAUGUGAGAAUUACCAAUGGAUGUACAGACACCUCCGUGCAACACCACCUCGGAAAAUCAGUGUGGAGUAAAGUCCAGUUCGUACGCUCUGAUUAUCAUCCCGGUCCUCUUGGCCGUGAGCACUGUGGUUGUGGUUGCGCUCAUUGUGUACAGCGUCUGCUGCAAGAGGCAAGAGCGAGCUGUGACUGUUGUCUUCAACAGCGAUACAAGUGCGCGCUCUCUUGAAGGCUGGGCUGAUGGAACCCUCCUGCCCACAUGUACCAGCAAGCGUGUCCGCAGCACCGGGUGCGGGUCUGUGCUCGUGAGCACGGUGUCCGGGCCCCUGGGCCCCUGGGAGAUCCCUGAGGACUGUGUGCUGGAGGAGCUGGCCUUCCUGCACACGGGGCGAUACGGACCGGUCUGCAGGAGCCAGCUGAGCGCAGGCCAGGUCACCAGCGCAGUGGUGGUCAAGACACUCCGAGACAGUACCAGCCAGGCUGAGGUGAAAGAGUUUGUGAACUGGGCGCGGUUCCACGCUGUUGUCAGCAGGCAUGAGAACCUGGUGCAGAUGCUCUUCUGCCAGACCCGACAUGUGCCCAUGUACCUGGUCCUGGAAGACGUCAACCCAGGAAACCUGCUGCAUUUCCUCUGGAGCCUCCGGAACGAGGAUCCUGGCACACCGAGCCAAUCACAGCAGUUUUGCGAGAAGUCGGUGUACUUGCUGGCGAAGCAGGUCGCAGCUGGUCUGGAAUAUCUGCACUCUGAGCACAGGCUGGUGCACGGUGAUGUGGCGGCGAGGAGCGUGCUGAUUGGCGCAGGGCUGUCGGUCAGAGUCGCAGGCCUGGGCAUGGCCUUUGAGGCUUGGGAAACGGGCAAAGUAGCCAAUCGGCGGGCGGCGGAGGUGCCCCUGAAAUGGCAGGCACCGGAGCGGAUAACACACCUGGCCAUGACCACCAGGAGUGACGUGUGGUCUUUUGGUAUUCUCCUGUAUGAGUUGGUCACUUUAGGUGCGCCCCCGUAUCCUGGGCUGGAGCCUCUGGACGUGUUGCCACAGAUCCGGAGCUCGUACAGGAUGGAGAAACCAGAGAGCUGUGGAACACCGCUGUACGAGCUCAUGAAGUGCUGCUGGAUGUUGAACUCCAGCGACCGGCCCACGUUUCCAGCCAUCAUCCAGCUCCUCCAAUCCUACACGGACCUCGCUGACACAAAAAGGCUGUCUUCCCUAGAAAGCAUGAACAUUUUUGAAUACAGUAAGAAGGCAGGUGUGUUUCCCUGACGACCACACACAGAGAAUUGUAGGACGUUGAAAAGUCAACUUCCUGAUGUUUGUCAUUUUCACAUGCGGUCAUUGUAACAGGCAAAAUGUCAUCCUUGCGGGCAUGAAAGGUUGUGAUAUGUUUGGGACUAAAUGAGAAAUUGCAAAUAAACCAUUGAUUUUAGGUCCCAUACAUCAAAUAAACUACAUCUGACCAAAGUAAUUAGGACAACAAAGUAUUUAUUUAGUCUUGUUCAAAGUAGAUCCACCAAAUUCUGUCUACAUUCUCACACCAUUGGUGCUCUGUAGUGACUGCUGUGCAUGGUCACGUUUCCUAGCCACUAUCACACAUGACCAAAAAUAGACAUUGCUCAUGUGUCUUAAAUGGAUUGUUGUCUUUGACAAUUGCAUGAGUGAAUCACUUUUGGAUUUAAAUGGAUGUGGUCAUUUUGUUAGUGACCAUAAACAUUUCAUAUUGAAUUUUAUUUUUAUUCAUACAGAUCUGUAUGUAUGUAAUUGACUUUGUACUUUGUGUUGAUGUUUCUAUGCUCAAAUAAAUA